AUGGACCCUUCCCGCCCUUCCGUCUUGCACUCCGCGGCUACCCGUCUGAGCUCCGAAGCAGCUCCUGCAGAACGCGACUCAAAACGAAAACACCACCUGCACCGCCAUCACCACCACCGUUCGUCGCGACACCAUGCAAAGGGUAUUGUACAAUCCGCGUUUCCCAAGGACCCGCCUACCAGCUUUGGCGAUCUCUUGAAGCAGGCGAAGGAGAGCAUAUCGAGCAGUCCGGCGGACAGCAGGAGGACGAGCGUUGCGGUUGCAGACAGCGCAGCAGACAAGGGAGGGCAAACUGAUGGAGGGCUAUACGUACCGCCGCUACGCCGGCCGGGCCGGCCGGAAGACUUGGUGCGCGAACGGGGGAGGGUCAAGGUGCGGGCGAACGCUCUUCGCAGCUCCCUAGAAACCCUCUCCGACAAGUCGCUGAAGACGUCGCGCCGCCUCGACGACACCUUCUACUCGCUGCUCGAGCGCAUAGCUACGUGUCGCCAGACUAUUGGCAGUCUGCAGGAGCUCUCCAACUUGACCAACGAGCUGCAUCACAACUUCGAAAGCGACACCAAGGAGCUGGUGGAAGAUGUAGAAGGACAACUUGAUGCGUUUAAUGAUUUCCAGGCGCAGCAAAAGUAUGUUGAUGCUCUGGAACAGAGGAUAAAAGCUGGGAAGGAGAAGGCUGAGGCGCUGCACGGCAGGCUGGGAGAGGCGAGAGCGAAGGUAGAUAAGAGGAUGAAGUUGGAGACCGAGUUGGAGGUUAGGAACACACGUCAUGUGCGCAUCCUCUGGGGCAUCAUCAGUGCCCUCCUGGGUCUUGUUGUGCUGUCGAGCCUGUUCCAGCAGCUCAAACCUGUGCAUCCGGAUACCGGACACACGCCUGCUUUGGACUUUGCCUCGCGCGAACAGAUUCUCAACGCACCGAUACCGGACAUCGCGAAGGAGGCCAUCAUGAGGCCAAAAAAGGAGCCGUUGGACGUACGGUUACAGUCACCGAGCAUAAAAGGUACCAUUGGGCUGGCGGAUGACCAUAGGUUACGUGCUUUCGACGAGUUAUAA